UGCCUCUUGGGGCCCUGAACUGUCUACAGAAUUCAUCAUGUUUACCACUACCUCUUUUCUGCUGUCACUUUGAAGACUACCAGCCAUGGACACAGAGGGGAUUUACACAUCUCUGGAGAAGUACUCUGUUGACAGCUAUGCAACAGCAGGACAGUCCCGGGAGAAAAGAGCAGCUGUGCAGCCAGGGGGUACAUAUCAGGAUCUUCAGGUCUACCCAAAGAAACAUCACUAUCACUCACAGAAAACUGCAACCGAGAUAAACAUCUACAACACUCUCUGUCAGCAAGGAACUGGACAUACCAAACAAACCACAGAACGUACCUCUCAAGUGAAUAAACGAGGCUGCCUACUAAAACUGCCACUGGGGCUUCUGUUUGCCAUACUGGUGGUUGCCAUCAUCUUCCUGGUCAUGUACUGUAAACACUGCAGCCCAAGGCCUACGGAGGGAAGUACUUGUCAUAGCUGCCCAGACAGUUGGCUGUUGUUUAACUCCAAAUGUUACUUUUUUUCCACUAAUAAAAUGAACUGGACCUCAAGUCGUGAUGACUGCAUCUUGCAGGGUGGAAAACUGGUUAUUAUACAGAGUUUGGAGGAACAGACAUUUGUAAAAUCCUUCACUGCGCUCAAAGGAGGGGAAAACAUGUUAAACUGGAUUGGACUGACAGAUGUGGAUAAUGAAGGUCAAUUUCAGUGGAUAGAUGGGACCUAUCUUGAUACGAAUAUCAGCUUCUGGGGCCCAAAGCAGCCUAACAACUUGCCCCCUGGGGAGGACUGUGUACUGCUUCUAAAUUUAGAAGGAUUCACUGGAUGGCAUGACUAUUCAUGUAAAACACUCUCAAGGAGAAUUUGUGAAAGAGAUGCCCAUUCAUAGAAGAAUACAGAAUACAGAAGUUGCCAGUCUUUUUAAACAUGGCACAAUAUAGGACCAAUGUGUUUAGCCCAAUAUAAGACUGUGCUAGUGCUCUAAUUAUCUACCAGAAAGAGAUUUUUCAAACACUGUGAAGUGUAAAGUUUAGUAAGGUCAGGUUUCAUUGUAUUAACUCAACAGGAGACAGUUGCCAAUAACGAUCAAAUAUUUUUUAUUAUUAUUAUUUUUUUCUUUUCUCAUCUGAUAUUUGCUGUAUCAGAUAUUAUAACAUAUCCCUUACCCUCACACAUAACAGAAAAUAACCUCAAACGCGCUUAAUCCAAUUUAGGGUCAUGGAGGCCAAAGCCUAUACUGGCAUUACUGGGCAUAAGGCAGGAAGCAGGUGGGUUCAAGUUAUUAAUCUACUGCAAGGACCACUUUUACCCAUGCACCCUCACAGGAGAAUCUUUCCAGACUCAGUUAAAAAAGCAUACAGCCCAUAGAAAAACCUUUAUAUAACCUUUAAUAAAGUAUCUAUCUAUCUAUCUAUCUAUCUAUCUAUCUAUCUAUCUAUCUAUCUAUCUAUCUAUCUAUCUAUCUAUCUAUCUAUCUAUCUAUCGUGAAAACAUUCAGGUUCCACAAUGACAAUGACUAUUAAAAGAUAUUGACCAGAAGAUCCUUGGUUUGCAUGGCACACUUAUGCUUGCAUGUCACAGGGGAACAUUUUUUGUACAAUGGGUGAUUUUUUUUUCUCUUAGGCAAAUUAUCUGAAUAAUGCUGUUAUAGGGCAUUGUUGAUGUUUUUGCUGCAAACAAGUCACCUGCUUUGAAGAUCAGACUGCCAGGAUGAUAAGUGAAAAGGCAAAUGUCCUGAAUAAUCCUGUUACUUGUUAUUGUGAUGGCUGUCUACAGGAUACAGAUAUUUGCCUGUUUUGCUAAAAAGUCACCUGCUUUGAGUUUUGAACUCCUUAAACAUACAUACAAUGCAAUAUUGUGAUAACAGAACUGCCUCCUUCCUUGGAAAAUGUUUCUAUUUACCUGGCUUGAAAAUGAAAAUGUCUUGGGAAUAUUGGUUUGUGUACUAUGUGUACUCUGUAGUUGGCAACAGUACUUUUUGUUUAACCCGUGUUUACAUUAUUUGUCAAGCUCAGAAAAUUGACAUGUACCUUUGUUUAAUCCAUCGUCAUAUUGAUCUAGACAGAGACUGAAGUAGAGAUAUACUUGAGGGCAGAGGGUGGUGUCAGAUGGCAUAAGGUGGGGACAGUCCUUUGGAUUUGGAUCCUUUCACAAGUUACACUUUUUGUAAAUUGUACUUUUUGGUAUAAUUCAUUUUCAUACAAGGUCAAGUUCGAUUCCCAAGGGAAUCAAAAGCAGCACUUUCUAACUAAGCAAAAUAUUCUGAACCCUGCUUUGCCUUUCCUAGAAUGUUCUGCACUCCUAUUCAUCAUGACAUGACACUCAGGCUUACACCUUUUAUCUGAAGUCGAUCUCUUGAAAAUGUUAAGGAAUCUCCACACCUUUGCAAUAAAAAAUAUCGGUUUUGUUCCUGAGCACACAGUACAUAAAAGUGAUAAGAAAAUUGUCCCAUAAUCCUCAGAGAUCUCUAGUUGAUUAACUGGUAGGAAACAAAGAGUACAGAUAAGAGGAGAAUACCACAGUACAAGAAAGAUAUAGCAGCACUUGAAGCUGUGUAGAAGAAAACAACCAAAUGCAUCCCAGAACUUCAAGAUACUUCCUACUGUGACAGACCCAGAAUUAAACUGGUUUACUCUUGAGCAGAGGAGACUGUGUGGUACCUUAAUCCAGGCAUUUAAAAUCCUCAAAGGCAUUGAUAAAGUAGAUCUAGCAAACAUUC